AUGUUCCUCGACUUUUGCGCAGCGAUUCAAGUCUUUGGGAAAAGGAUCGAAGGAACUAAGCGCGCCGCUGCUGACGACACCUCCGAGACUGCGACCAAAUCCAAAGUCGCGCGAACAGAGAAGAAUGGGAACGGAGCAAAGAAUAAGAAGGCGGCUGUGAAGGUCCCUACCACAGACGAGUUCAAGGCCAAGGCUCUCCCACUGCACGUACACCUCACGCAUACGCCGCCGAGCAUCCAGAAGGAAGGCGCAGUCGACAGCGAGGGCAAGGAGGAAGCACCUCCGCCUUCCGACGCGUCUGCUGAGGACGUUGGCUUCAUUGGAAACGUUACCCUCGUCCCAAGCACCUUCAGCACGGGUAGUUAUGGUUGGAAAGGCAGCAAGCGUAUUACUGUCGAGCUGCAGGGAGGAGAGGCGGACGCUGAAGGUGGGAAGGAGAAGGUGACAAUUAUGUUGUCGAUUAAUGCUACGGUUGUUGGCAGCAAGCCAGCUAAAGGUGCCAAGGGGAAGAAAGGGAAGAAAAAUCAAGACGAAGAGGCCGACGAAGAGGAGGCCGAAGAAGACCCAGAAGAAUAA